AUGCUGAAUCUGGUAAGAGUAGAGCAGCCAAAAAAAUUAAAGUUUAUAUGGCAAUCCAUCAUACCAAUUUAUGUAUCUCAACCAUAUUUAAAAAACCUAAAAUAUAAUUUAUUCGAAUAAGCUUUAUAAUCUGAUAAUUAUGGAUUCGAUAAACAUUAAAUAGAAUACUUUAAGGAAACAAUAUAAAAUAAAAAAGAAUUAAUUUUAAUGAUAUUGGAUAAUUAUGAUGAGAUGAAAUAGGAUUGUAUUUAAUAAAAUCUAAUAUUAAAUAAUAAAUUUAAUUAAGAUCUUAAUAUUUAUAAAUUAUAAAGAUAGCUUAUUUGGAUAUUAAACAUGGUUUUAUGUAGAGACAGUGUUUGCAAAGUUUUUAAAGAAAUUUAAUUAUAAAAUUUUGACUAAGAUCAAAUAUAAGAGGAAAUAAGUAAAAUGCGCAACAUAAGAUAACAGAAGUACAGAUGUAGUGAGCUUUAGAAAUUAAGAUUUAAAAAAAUUUACUGCAAAAAAGUUUACAUCUCAUAAAGCUUUUAAAAUUUUUAAGGAAUAACAUAUAAUUGA